GGGUUGGGUGCUGUCCCCGGAAAGAUGAAACUUCGCGCCUUGCUGUCUCAACCGGUUUAAGGCCUAUGGGUCGGGAGAACUGGGGUCCCGGGGCCUGCGGUAGGAUUGGAGACUUUCUCUUCCCCCUCUGGGGCGGAGACUUUCAACUCCAGUGACUGCGAGCAACCGGUGUGAUUUAAGGAAGUGAGAGUUGGUGGGGAAAAAAUCUCAGGGGCCGACUUGUGAUCAGCCGGGAGUUCGCUGGUUCUCGGUCCCGGGGGGCGCCCCCGCUUCAAGCGGGGACACUGCUGAGCCUCUCGGGACUGGCUCAUAGACUCCCCUCCGUCCAAGCCCUCGGAUCUGCCAGAAUCAGCACACCGUGGGGAUCCCCACCUCCAGCACCCAUACCCCCGUCCUCUGGUUACAGACCUCACCUCAUGACGACCCUCCUGCUCCUGGCAGGGCUCCUUCCGGCCGCCGCUGCCAUCUCCUGCUAUGGAGACGCCGGACAGCCUGUGGACUGGUUCGUGGCCUACAAGCUACCUGCUGUGAACAAUUCUUUGAAAGGACUCAACUACAUGUACCUAGAUGGGAAUGAGGGGAGCUGGCAAGAGGGUGCCACAGCCAUCGACAGCCCCCAGGGAGCUGUGGGGCGGACCAUGAAUCAGCUAUACCAAGGCAACUUGAGUGAGCUGGCUUACCUACUAUACAAUGAUCAGCCACCCUCAAGUUAUGGAGUCCCUGACACCAACUACAGAGGACACACCAAAGGCGUGCUUCUUCUGAACAGGGAUGGUGGCAUCUGGCUGAUUCACAGUGUCCCUCACUUCCCACCACAUGCUAAGUCAUCCUAUAGCUGGCCCCCAACUGCCCAGGACUAUGGACAGACACUUCUUUGUGUCACCUUCUCUUAUAACCAGUUCCGAGAGAUUGGCAAACAGUUGACCUACACCUAUCCCCAGGUGUAUGACUACAGGCUGGAAGGAACCUUUGCCCAAGACCUGCCAGAGUUAAAACUUGCUGCCCAAGGCCAUCACGUGGACCAGGGCCCCUGGAAUCGAAGUGUCACCCUCACCUCAAGAGCUGGGGCUGUCUUCCGGAGCUUUGCCAAGUUUAAUGACUUCCAAGAUGACCUGUACUCGGGCUGGCUGACCUCGGCUCUGCACAGUGACCUGUUUGUCCAGUUCUGGCCCAGAACAACGAAAGUGCUCCCCUCCAGCUGUUCGGACCCCUUCCACGUGCUAAAUGUGCUGGAGCUGGCCUUCCCUGACUCCGCUGUACCGCCCUUCAGUGCCACCCACGACCAUGCCAAGUGGUGUGUGGCGCUCAACAGCACCUGGACCUGCAUAGGGGACCUCAACCGCAACCAUGCAGAGGAGUAUCGUGGUGGGGGAACCCUCUGCUCCCAGAUGCCCAUCCUCUGGAAAGCCUUCUGGCCCCUGGUGAGGAAAUUUGGACCUUGCCCACCACCGAGGCCCAAGGUCAGGGGACAUUGAGGGCAGAGGGCAGAGAGAACCUGGCCCAACUCCUCGGAGGAUAAUCUACCCACCCCUCCUCCUAGGGGAGAAUAGAAUAACUGGGAGUCUCCCUGAUAUAUGUGGUCCGUCCUCCUUCCCCUAAAAGCCCUUCUUGUGCUCUUCAGUCUUUGUCACGCUUUUUCGUGCCUGAAUCACUCUCCUUGUCCACCUCUUCCCUUAGGGAAUUCCCAACUUUCCUUCCUUCCUUCCUUCCUCCUUCCUUCCUUCCUUCCUUCCUUCCUUCCUUCCUUCCUUCCUUUCUUCCUUCCUUCCUUCCUUCCUUCCUUCCUUCUUUCCUUCCUUCCUUCCUUCCUUCCUUCCUUCUUUCCUUCUUUCCUUCCUUCCUUCCUUCCUUCCUUCCUUCUCUUCCUUCCUUCCUUCCUUCCUUCCUUCCUUCCUUCCUUCCUUCCUUCCUUCCUUCCUCCUUCCUUUCUUCCUUCCUUCCUUCCUUCCUUCCUUCCUUCCUUCCUUCUUUCCUUCUUUCUUUCUUUCUUUCUUUCUUUCUUUCUUUCUUUCUUUCUUUCUUUCUUUCUUUCUUUCUUUCUUUCUUUUUUUAUGUGAUCAUGAUUAUACUUAGAAAUAGUGUCUGAGGCUGGAUUUAAACUCGAGUUCUCUUGACUCCAGGACCAGUGUCCUAUCUGCUAAGGCACCAACCACCACCACCACCUUUUUAUCUUGGCGGGUAGACUCCCAAAUAUUGUAUAUUAUCCUCAA